GCGAGUGACAGUUGGGGUCUCCCUUUGGGGAGCCCCAGGAGGUGGCUCGCUGGCUGAAGGCAGGGCGGGCUGAUGGAUGGAUGGAUGCUGCCGAGUCCCACGGGAGGAGAGGUGGAAGUGGGGGAGGGGAGUGACUCACACAGCCAGCGCUUCAGCCCGCUCCGCUCACAAAGUGCCGGAGCUGAGAGCAGCCAGAGCCCGGGUCGCUCCCUCCUGCCCCGCCGCCGCGCACGCCCCGCCGCCUCCGACAUGCCCAACUUCGCCGGCACCUGGAAAAUGAAGACCAGCGAGAACUUCGACGAGCUCCUGAAAGCGCUGGGUGUCAAUGCGAUGCUCAGGAAAGUGGCGGUGACAGCCGCCUCCAAACCGCAUGUGGAGAUCCGCCAGGAUGGGGACCAGUUCUACAUCAAAACGUCCACCAGCGUCCGCACCACUGAGAUCAACUUCAAAGUAGGGGAGAGCUUCGAAGAGGAGACUGUGGAUGGCAGAAAAUGCAGGAGUUUAGCCACUUGGGAGAAUGAAAACAAGAUCUAUUGCAAACAAACUCUUAUUGGGGGAGAGGGUCCGAAAACAUAUUGGACUCGGGAAUUAGCUAACGAUGAGCUGAUUUUGACUUUUGGUGCCGAUGACGUUGUGUGCACAAGAAUUUAUGUAAGAGAAUGAAGAACACCAAUUGACUUGUCAUCUGGGAUGGAGUGUAGGAUUAAGAGGCAGCCGUUGUGAGAAAUCCUGCAUAAUGAAUAUCUAUGUGUACUGUUACUAAUGCAGCGUUGUAUGUGACCAAGUGUGUCAUAUCAGAAUCCCUAUCUGCUGUUAAGUGUAUUUUGCUUUUGUUUUGCAUAACAAACAUUGUUCCUUUUGACUCUUAUGCCGUCACUUUUCUGUCUACUUUGUAUUUUGUAGUUACAAAUUUGUAUCAGUUAUUAAAUUUAUUGGGCAUAACUCA